CAGAACGGUGCGGACCGUGAUCAUGGUGAGGUGAUAGGUGCGGCAUGGAGACAGCGGCGAUGCUCAGGUCGCUGUUAGGAUCCCCCCAUCACUCGCCCUCCGCCGGUAGCGAGGGCGGCUCUGGGUCCGGCGUGGCGGCCGCGCAGGUCGUGGAGCUGCCCGCUGCCGCGGGGGCCAGGCUUUCGUUGCUCGACUCCUGCCACCGCAAGAUCCGUCUGCUGGGCGGCGGGCCCGUCGCCUUCCUCGGAGGACUCGUCGCGAAAGCCCGUCGGAAAGAUAAAGAACCAUCAACCCCUAGUGCAGAUGAUCCAAAACUUUACCUCGAAGAAGCGCUCCUUGAGCGAAAGUUACCUGAUAUUGAUCUGAGAGUCUUGGUGGACCUACCAGCAGGAGUAGACUACAAUGAAUGGCUAGCUUCCCAUACUAUUGCAUUUUUUGAUCAUAUAAAUCUUUUGUAUGGGACAAUAUCAGAAUUUUGUACAAUGUCUGGAUGCCCAGACAUGACUGGUCCAGGUUACAGGACCUAUCUUUGGUUUGAUGAUAAGGGUAAGAAAGCGCGAGUUGCCGCACCACAGUAUAUAGAUUAUGUGAUGACAUUUACCCAGAAGACUAUCAGUGAUGAGACAAUAUUUCCUACAAAAUAUGGAAAUGAAUUUCCCAGUUCAUUUGAAUCUAUUGUUCGAAAAAUCCUGAGGUUAUUGUUCCAUGUUUUGGCACAUCUAUAUCACUGUCACUUCAAGGAAGUGGUUCUACUAAAUUUACAUGCACACCUGAACUGUGUAUUUGCCCAUCUGACAUUAUUGAAUGAACGCUUUCAACUUAUAGAAGUGAAGGAGACAGAAAUUCUGCAAGACCUAGUGCUUGCAUUAAAAGUUCACUCGGACGCUCCAGAAACGAGCACCAAUGGUGAAGAUGGUAUCCGUGGUAAUUCGGACAGUAAACAAAGUAGUGGUGAUGCCACAAGUCAGUCACUUUCUGCUGGUGAAACAACACCAAUGACAGCAAAUAAUAUAGGGACUGAAAAUGAGCAGGAUACUGAAUCAGGAACAGGGAUACCAAGCAGUUCAAAGUCAGAUCUGUUGACUUCUGUGUCGGAGAAAGAGGCUAAGAAAGAAGAGUCUUCAAAAAAUCAUGAUGGUGUACAGGACGUGUCUCACUAGCUGAAAUGAGAAGUGUGUUGUUAAAGUUUGGUGUUUCCAACAAGGUGAGGAGUAAGCAUUUACUGUGUAGAUUGAGUUAACUAGACAUAGAUUAUAGCCAAAUGAGCCAGAAGAAAUAGAGCAGUUAUGCAAGAUGGAAGGAAGCCUUUAAAACCGUCCCAUGGAUCAUUUGCUAGGAAUUUAAUGUGACAGGCUUUCUCCAACCCUGUGAGAAAUAUUGUGAUUUGUUGUUUGAAUACACUUUUUUUAUUACAGUUGAUAAAAGAAUGUUUGUGAAUAUUUUUGUUCUGUUAAUUGCAGUGAGGUACCAUAUAGGUUGUGACUGCUAGUUAUUUAAAAGCAUUGUGUUAGUAUUAUUUUCGGGUGUGUGUUGAUGAAGUGCAAUUUUGGGUUGUCUAUUUUACCAUUGUAGUAUAAUGUAACAACAGAUUUUGUAAGUUGUGCAUUUUGCCAUUAUUAAGCACCUACUAUGUUAAUUGUAAAUACAAAUUUAUUGGUUUUGUCAUAAUUUUCAUAUAAAUUCCACUCUUUUCUUCAGAAAAGAAAUUAUGCAGACUGCUGAAAUGGCUCUCCCUGUCGACAUGAUAAGGGUUUAGAAUGAUGUGUUUCGUAUGUAAUUGUGCAAUUUUAAUCAUCAAAAUAUUGUUAAACAUAUUUUGUUAAUGGCGCAGUUUUAUCCUUGCUUAUGUGUUAUACCAAAGCUAUGGAAGUUAAAAAGGAAAAAAGAAAAAAAAAAUCUGAAUAUUUUUGUAUGUUGCUAAGUGUUGUUAAAAUGUCAGCAAACCUACCAUCUUGCAGUUAUGUGACAAGUAGAUCUUAAAAUUAAAAUAUCACAUACUUGCUAUUGAAAUCCACUCCUUUAAGAACAAAACAUUGUUAUAGACUAGUUUGUAAAACAAGCAAUUAAAUAUAUAAAUAUAUAUUAUGUGUGUAUAUAUCACUCACAAUAAUGUUGUACACUGUUACACAAGUAUUUAUAUUAUACAGAAAUGCUUACUUAUUGCCUUGUUAAUGUUACUAUAAUUGUUAUAUAAUAUAAGAAUAUGAAGAGAGAAAGUAACUUAUAUAGAAGAAUAUGUUAUCUACAGUUUCCUUAAAAUAAUGUCUGGCCCUUGUUUACAUGAAAGUAUGCAUGCAUUGAAUAUUGAAUGUUAGUGGAGGAAAGAUUUUAAUUGUGCCACUGGUAAGCCAAAACACAAAAAGAAACUAUAAGCAUUAUUUCAUUAAAUUUCCCUCUGACCUCUUUGGGGUUUCUAGUGGUGUCAUACUUAAAUCACUAGUUUCCCAUGAUUUAAUUGGAUAUCUUUCAUUAUUAAAUAAACUGUGAAUUUGGUGUCUGUGUUUGUUUUAAGGGGCCUUCUUUUGGAAGUUUGACGUAUUUUCACUAAUCCGUACAUUUUCACUUGCCAGCUAUUACUUUCCACAUAGCAAACAUGCACUAAAGUUUUUUUAUAUGUUUUAAUAUUUCCCUCUGCUUCUGAAGUUUGAAUGUGUCUAAAAUUGAUAAUUUUCAUCUUUUUGUAAGACGUAAAAGAUUGAGUUAUCAGUUUGUAGCACGUUUAGUGCAUAGUUGGGAAUAUUAUCGAACGAAGAUUGUUAUAUUACUACUGGAAUUAUAAGCUCUGUUCAUUGAAUUGUAAAAUUGUAGUCUCACUUGCAUUUGCCCUGUAUGCAGUUUAAAGGUGUGUUUUUUUUUAAAAGGGAAAGCUAAGAGUAACGUGUUAAUGCUGUUUAUCGUGCAGCAUGCAUGUUGUGUGCUUUGUUUAAGAUCCAUAUAGCAGGAAGAUCCACAUAGUUCUGCUUUUUAUCGCUACAGCACAAGAUCCACAUAUUUAUGUUCUGUUAAACAAAUCUGUGUCAGAACAGUAAUACUGUAGCUGUAUUCCAUGCUCUGUAAACUAUCAGUGGGUGUAAGCUAAACUUUAUUGACAAACAUCAUAUAAUUUACAACCUCGUUACGAUAUUGUUUUACAAGACUGGACUAAGUUGCUUCUCUUAUCGUCUUCUUCUGCCAGGUUUGGUUGAUUAAUUCUGAACCCUCAUGGCCUGCCUGUUAUAAUUUGUUGAUGCAGACCUUCUACUUUAAUGGCUAAUGUUCUCUCCUUUCAUGCAUUUACUUGCACUCAUUUCAGUUUGUGAUAAAAAAUACAGUAGUAUAUGUGCAUUAAUUUUUGCACCUAAGUCUCUCGGUGUGUCAUUUCAUGAUCUGAUUGCCGUCUUUUCCUCAUAAAUUUGUGUUUCAAAUGGGAAUGAUGUGCCUCAGGGUAAACAUUGGUGUCGUGAAGCUCUUGCCUUCUUUUCAGAUAUCACUUAAGUAGACUUUGUACGCUAUUCCUGAGAUCAUUUUUGCUUCAUCUGGAUGGUUAGACUCAAAAGCCAUGCAUGUGCUUGCAUUUACACUUGUAGUCUGUCCACAUCCACCAGGUAUGUCAAUUCAGAAUAGAUUUAGUAGUGUUGAUGAAUAGAAGUAUAUGAAACUGAUUUUGACUUUGGGGAAAAAUAUUCUUAAAAACUUCACAGUUCACAUUUUGAUUAUCUCUCUUAGUUGCCACAGUGACAGUUUGAUUAUUUCUCUUAAUUGCCCCAUUGCAGGAUGGCAUCCAUCCAAGAAAUUGUGUGUCCUUCUUUAAACAAAUUUUUAAUAUAAUUUUUUAUAUCUCUGUGUUUGUGCAGUGUACUAUUGAUUUUUUAAAGAAAUCAUUUUCCAUGGCUCACCAGUCAAAAUAAUUUUAAGUGGACAGUUGGAAGGAGCAACUAUUUCAGUUUUCUUCAGGUAAUACCUGCUUGUAUAAUCACUUAAAGAUAAAGUAACAUGUAUUGGUGGAGAUUAUGUCCAAAAUUUAAACUUGUAAGUUGCAAUUUUAUCUGUAACAUUUUUUAUCACUUCCAUUUUUGGGCAUUAUUUAAUGGAAUCACUUUGAAUAGGUUUCAUUUUAACUGUUAUAAAUGGGAACUAUGGAAUCUGGUGACACUCUCCACUUGAUUGUUUCAUCACUGCUUUCUGUUAUAAGAGAUUAUUUUUUGCUUUGUAAUCACCAUGAUAACACAGGUUUUUACUAUUUUGGCAGUACAUAUUCCUAGAAAUGCAGUUGAACAGUGUAAUUUGAUUCUGCUGCCAAUGUGGUCUGGAUGCUGAAACUAUAUAUAGGUAGUAUAGAUACAGAAAGAUAUUCCUUGUGUCCAUAUGUUGGGUAGCAUAGUACUUACUUGUGUCUGAUGUUUGUAAAUGCAGCAGAACAUUGUGGUUAUCACAUUUUACUAGCAAAGGCAACAAAUUUCAACUUUCGUAGUUCCUAGACUGUUUGUUCAGAAUAUCGGGUCCUUGUUCUGUGAUUUUGCAUGACUCCUGUAUUGUCAGACUUCAUAUUACACUUGUCUUCUACCUGCUUGCUUCUCCUUAAUAAUUUUGGUCUGUUCUAUACCUUCCAGUAGUAAAUAUUGAUGAUUAGGUUAUAUUAAUCAUCAUUGUUGGAAUUGAGAACAACUGCUUACUAGGGUCAAUUGUAAAAAUGUAGCUUCAAAAUUCACCUUAUCUGAGAAAACAUUUUUGUUAUAUUGCAGUUAACUGUGUGUAAUUGUAGUAGAAUCACUAUGUAAUUUAAAAAUUUUACUGCAAGGAUUUUGCCAAAAUAAGUAAGCAGGGUAAAGUGUCUGCCAUGUGAUUACAGUAGUGUUUCAUUGAAAGGUAAUUUACAUUAUUCAAGAGAUAGCUUUACCUUUGAUCACUCCUCAUGGAAAAAAAUAAUCUUUUGAUCCUCAUGGAAAAAAAUAAUCUUUUGAUCCUCAUGGGGAAAAAAUAAUCUUUUGGUAGAUGCUUCUGGUCAAUUAAUCAAAUGUUUCAUUUCAUUUUUAAUGUUGUUUUUACAUUAGAUGAGAUGUGAGAGCAGUGUGACAGUAGCAGAAGAUGACAAAAUAUUUAUAAAUGAUUUGCUUGUAGUUAGUAAUAUAAUUGAAGUUUGUUGACACAAUUCUGCACAUUUGGAACUGAGUUACUGUUAAGAAACAGUAGUAAUGAUAGUCUUUCUGAAAGAUCUUUCCUUCACUGAACAAGUCGCAAAUGCAGAACAUACUUUCAUGUUGCAGCCAGUUCACUUCCUGUCUAGGCCUUCCCUGUUCCAGCAUGGCAAAUUGUACCUGUUAGACAGACUGAGCACAUUAUAAGUAUUUGUGAUUUCUUAAGUUGUUUGUGGUUUUUUGUUCCUUUCAUUUCUGAUGGAAAGAAGAGUAGAUCUUUGCAAACCAUGUCACAUUUGAAAGGUGUGAAAGUUCAUUACUCAAGAUGUGUUAAUGUUAGGGGUUUUUAUUGAUUUUUAAGUGGAUUAGUUCUACCUCCUAAAAUGUAUUCUCAUACCAUCAUUUCAGUUUGUGGUAAAUAUUGAGGGGAGGGGUUGGAAACAGUAUUUAAUGAUUUUCAUUUUCUUUUCAGAAAAUCAUCUUAUAUCACGUAUCCUACAGAACACAGCUUUUGUUAAUCGAAAGAAUUAAAUAAUUUAUUUUUGUAUAAUGUAAAAUGGUGAGUCACAGACUGGCCACUUAUUAUACAUGGCAAAUGAAAGUGCAUUACCUCAACAGUGGGUAAAUGUUUAUGCAGAUCUUCUGUACUGUAAGAAUGCAUUGAGUGUUCUGCUUUGCCAUGUUUUCCCUAAUCUUAAAUGAAUAUAUUUUAAGUGAAUCUUAGUAAGUAUGUAGCAGGCUGUGGAACUAAGUUACAUUUUUUUUAGUUUUGUUUGUAUUUCACUGUGUAGUGUUGUUAAUUGAUGUAUGAUAUGUUGAUUUGAGUACUUUGUGUUUAAAAAAAGAUGAGUCAAAAAACGACAAUUCUGGUUUAUUUCUUAAUUUUCUUCUUGUGUAGGAAUUGUGUGUUUACUCUUUUAUUUCUGCAAAUUAACAUAUAAGUAUUUGUCUGUACUUCCAUCUGCAUGAUGCAGUAAUUUAUUACUGUAUGAUCAAUUUCAAAUCAUGAAUUUUUACUGACUAGUAGUAAUGUCUGUGUCAUGCCCAGAAGUGCUAAUAGGACUAGAUUGGUCUGUUUGCACUAAAAGUGCCCAUUUGAGUACAGAGAAACCAAAAAUUUUAGAAUGAGAAAUAAGAUGUUAAAUACUUGUAUUUUCUGAUUACUGUUGGGCAUGAAGUGCUUACAGUGCGUAAUAUUGUAACUGUAAAAGGCUUGUAGUGAAUUACCUCCAUUUAAUGUUGAUGCUAGAUCAGAAGCAGCAACUUUUUGUAGGUUUUUUCACUCUACAAAAUUCAAUGCAGCUUUCAAGAGGUAUUUUUUUAUGUGUAUAUAUAUAACUACAUCAGUUUCCACAGUUUUCUCAAUUGCUGAAGUAAUUAAGUAACGAAAGCUCUGUUGAAUACUGCCUAGUUUUACUUCAGCAGUGAACAUCCUGAAAUAUAAAAAUGAUUGUCAUAAAUCUUUUAGCAAUCUGUUUACAUUUUAUACUGACUUUUUAUUUUUAUUUUGUACUACACAAAAUUCAGCACCAUAAAAUUAAUAUCUUGUUAGUACUUCACUGAUCAUUGUGAUAGUACUUUUGGUGAAACUUCAUUCAUUUCUCCCUUGUUGUUAUAGUGUUCUAGUGCAGUUGAUGUCCUACCAUUUCUAUGAAAUGUUAUAUGUGUAUAUUCUUUCCUCCAGUUUCUCUGUACAGUGUACUAUGCUUUGCAUGUUAAGUUUCAGUCUUUUGUUCUAUAUCUACUGUAAUUAUUAGUUAUACUUCCUGUAAUAAAAUGUUGCUUUCACAGAUUA